UUGCGCUUAUCUACCAUGUCCAACCGAAUCUUAGUCGCCUCCUACACCAGCAGCAUCUUCACUCUCUCGUUUGACGCGUCUCAGGGAAGUUUGGUGCUUGAGGGCCAAGUCGAAGUUGGCUUCCAUCCGUCUUGGAUUACCCAACAUCCUGCAGACAAAUCUCUCGUAUUUGCUGGUCUUGAACAAACCGAUGGCAAGGUCGUCGCGGUUAAAUACGAUGGCGAUAAAGCGAAUAUUGUUUCGACAGCGUCUAGCGGUGGAGAAGACCCCUGCUCGUUGCUAGCAACCGAGUCAGAGCUCUUUGUUGCGAAUUACUCUUCAGGCAGUAUUUCUAUAAUCCCCAUUGCCUCGACACCACCCUAUCUUCUCCCUGGAUCAGUUGUCACUCAGCUAUACGGCCAAGGUCCAAACGACCAACGACAACAGGGCCCCCAUGCUCAUCAAGUCCUACUCGAUGAUAGCCAGGUUGAACUCCUUGUUGCUGACCUCGGAUCGGACCGAGUCUGCCGAUUUACCAAGGACGAAUAUGGUGGCUGGAUUUUACAAGCAUAUAUCCACUAUACUCCUGGAAGCGGGCCACGGCAUCUUGCUAUCCACGAUGGGGCAUUGUACACCUUACUCGAGCUCAGCAGCACCCUCUCCAAACACCGAUUCCAUGGAUUGCCGGCCACGCCUGUCGCUAUCGCGGAAAAGCCUACCAUGAGCAAUCCACCCACACCUCCACACGAUAUGCUGGCAGCCGAACUGCUCAUACCCAAACCCAACGCAAGUUUUCCAACAGCUUAUGCAUAUGUGUCCAACCGGAACGAUCCUUCGGAGGAGGGCGACACAAUCGCAAUUUUUGGCAUCGAGGGGGAAACACUUGAACUUGUUGCAGAGGUUCGCACUGGUCUGAAGCACCUUCGUGGGAUGGUCUUUGGGGGUCCGGAUGACAAGUGGUUGGUUGCAGGCGGCGCAAAUGGCGGCGGUGUCAAGGUAUUUGAGCGGGUCGAUGGUGGUAGAGGGCUGAAGGAGAUAGCAGCAAACAGUAGCGUAGAUUCACCCACUGGAUUCCUCUGGGUCUGA